CUCAGGUUCGUGUUGUUCAUUUUCACCGCGUAGUUAUAAAGACUGGUUUUAGGCAUAUUUUCGCGACUUAACUUGCUUCGAAAAGGUCCCUGCUUGUGAUCCGUUAAUUGUCAUGUUGUCACUAAGCGGCUGAGUUUGUCUUCCUUUCGGGAUGUUCUCCACUGCGGCGCGAAUGACAACUAAACCGCCGAAUGGAUCCAAGUCUGGAAAAGCUGCUCCUCACUUUCCCUCCAUUCAUCAGUUCUUCACACCGGCUGUUCCGGAGCUCGCCGAGCCUGCCAGGCAUCCAGACCUCUCCCGGGUGGUGCGCCUCCUGGAAGACCCCGUUUCAAGCUCACUGAGAGAGAGGCACAUUUCUGCCUUAAAGAAAGUCGCAAAGAGAUGCCAGAACGGAUUUCUUCUGCGAGAUCUUGUGAACGCCUUUACGAUUCUAAACUUGUGUGCGGAAAGAGCGAAAGACCAUCCCGAAUAUGCUUCCAUACUGUGUGACCUGCUGCAUAUAUGCAGGCUUCCUUUCUUAAAGGAGAAGGCCUCGGAUGAGACGAAUUAUGCCAGCGUUGUGACCGACUCUCUGUCUCAGAUGGGUUAUCUGAUGAGGGUCUCAGACUCAAAGGUUAGAGAGCAAAUCUGCGCUUCCAUCAUAUCCUUGUACAGCUCUGACAAGUCAAAGCCGUGUGAAGAUGGUCUGUGUCCUACAAGCCUGGGUUACAGACAGGAGAUGGUGGAGAGAAGCGGUGUGGCUGAGACUCUGGUGAUGGCACUGGGUCUAAUGGAGAACCAGCUGCCAGCCAAACUUCAGGUCCUGCGGGCCCUACAAGUCCUCUCCAGCUCCUCCGCCGUGAACUGUAGCUUUAUGCUGAAGGCAGAAGGAGCCCAGAAAGUCUGCUUCCACAUGAACGAACCAGAUCAGUCCGGACAAGUGCUGUUCCGUUCCUCUGAGAUCCUGUGGAACCUUCUGGAGAACGGCUCCAGAGAGGAGGUUACCAGCCAGCUGAGCAACAUGGACUGCAUCAUGGUCUUGAAAGAGGCUUUUUUGCAUCAGCUUCUUAAUGGCUACCGGCACUAUGACCAGCAGCUCCGAAAUGACCUUCUAGUGAUUAUAACCCUGAUUGCCGAAAACCCCAGGGCUCCACUAAUUGAGAGUGGAUUCGCCAAGCAGCUCAUCCUUUUCGUCACUUUUCCUGAACUGAAGAGCCAUAACCCGCUGAUCCGAAACCUCAAGCUGUCCUUCACCAGUGAGGAUUUUGAGAUGAAGAAGCUACUGCUCAAUCUGCUUGUUGUUCUGUCCAGAGACCUGUCGGCGGUGCAGCUGUUUAAAGAGAGCCGUGUGAUGCUGGCAUUGAUGCUGCUUGUGCGGCCCAGUUCAUCUGACAGACGACCCAGCGGAAAGGGCAGACGCAGUUGGACCUCUGUCCAGCAGGAGGAGCUACAGCUGCACGCUUUAGCCACUCUGGCCACAGUGGCGCCGCUCAUGCUGGAUGAAUAUCUGUCAUGCCAGGCCAACACCUGCCUGCUGAUGCUGCUGGAGUGGUGCACUCAGCAAGACUCUUAUUUUGGACAGAGUCAUGGUUUCCAUGGUGCUGGAGGCCAGGGCGGGAAGAAGGCUCAGAUGAGGUACUGUGUGCGCCUCCUCAGGAGUAUGGUGUCACUUAGCAACAGCCUCAUCAACCAGGACCUCUGUGAUCAGGGAGCCCUCAGCCAGCUCCUUGGGUUGUUGAGGCACUUCCAGGAGAGAGAGGAAGAGGAGGAUGCUGUUUGUGUGGAGAUUCAGACAGACGUGCUGCUCACCCUGUCUGCCCUGUGUGAGGAAGACAUGCACAGGAAGGAGCUGUUUGGUGCAGAGGGUGUGGAGAUGGUCAUCCGUUAUCUAAAAAUGAACCCAGCUCAGCUCUACAGCGGCCUGGGACACAACCGACUCUUCCUGUCUACAGUGGACUGCGUCUGGUCUUGCAUUGUUGGCUGUUACACGACAGAAGAUUUGUUCUUGGAGAAAGAGGGCGCUUUCCUUUUACUCGACUUUCUCCACUUGAGCCCCAGGAGCAUGAAGAGUGCCUUGCUGGGGACCCUGCUGGAGCUGUGUGACAACCACAAGACGCUGGUCCACGUCGAUGCUUGGAGGGGAGAGAAGGACCUUACUGCCCCGGCUCUGCUGCUUCAGCUCUGGAGGCAGGAGGAGGCCAAGCUCGGCGUGAAUAGAGACCAGCAAGGGAGAAUCACUGAUGUGAAGAAACCCAUCCUGUCUCGCUAUCAAGAGGAGGAGCCAUUAGUGUCUGUAGCUGCAAACAGACCUAGUGCUGCUGUUAUGGAUGUAUCAGAAAACCUGCGCUCAAAAAUCUACUGUCUGUUCUGCAGAAUAGGCUUUGAGGAACUGCGUGGUUUGACUGCAGAAGACUACAUCACUUUGAGCAUAGUGAGCAGAUACCUGGACUUUAAGACAGGAGAGGUGUGGAGUGAAGUGUCAGCUGAGCUGGAGUUGGAGGGUGUCAGACCCAUCACUCCGGACGCCGAGGCUCUCAGCACCAUCGUCCAGACAAGCGAAGACACAGCCAGACACGUCUGCUUGCUGCAGCAAAGCAUUCUGGACCAGCAGAAGCAGGAAGACCUCAAGGAGGAGAAACUUGCAUAUAAAGAGAUCAGCUUAAACCGUAAGCAACAAGAGCUAACUGCAAAGUCCUGGCAGCAUCAUGUUGCAAAGACAUCAGACUACAAAAUCUUAAAGGAGUCUAAGCUGCUGCAGGAAAGAUCUAUCGAGUUGUCUCGGCCGAGGGAGAAAUCGGACGGGUUUAUUUUUCACUCCACUCAUAUUCCCAACCUGCAGACUACCAAUUUCUUCAGCCGUGUCUUGACGAUUGAGAGCACCCCUGCAGCUCUGACUGGAGGACCCCUGGCAAAUACAGAUUUAGCUCUGGAGAGGGUGCCUAUUGAGGGGGGAGCACUGAGGAAAGUGGCCCCUUCAAACACUGAGCUGGAGCUUCCUAACACUGUCACUGUCAAAUAGACACCACAGUAAAGACAAUCAAUCUCCAAAAGAUCACCGCAGAGUUUAGCAUCUCCACAGCUCUAAUGCACCCAAUUCAACAGCUCUGAGACCUCCAGGAACCGGAGUUUCUCCCCUCUGCGCAGAUAUAUAGAACUUUUAUAAAUAAAUCUACAGAAAUUAUGUACAAUCCUUCAGAUAAAUAAUAUAUAUGUAUUUUUUUGUCAGACUCGAAGCUGCUACACAUUUGUUGUUUCCUGCUGAUGCGUAAUAGUGUCUGUUUUGUUUGCCUUGCUGAGUUGGCUCAACUUCAAGCAGGAUUCCAUCAGGCUAUUGGAGGAUUGUUGUAUCUGAUUGUAUAAUAUAUCUUAAGUGCACUUGGA